AUGUAAUAUAGUGCUAAAAAGCCUCCACAAACAGUUAAAAACAAAGUGGGAUCAUUCUUUCCAAAAUAACCUUUUUCACCUACAAAGUCACAUGUUGAACCCUUUGUGUCUGAAAAUCCAACACCACAUUAUAAAAAAUAAUCUCAACCUUAUGCAACAAGAUAAAAUUCUUUUAAUAUUUCAAGUGGUGAAAAUUUGGAAUAACAUCAUAAAAAGAGGCAGAAUUCUAAUUUUAGUCAAGAAAAGAAGGCUCAAAAUUAAUUGUUUAAUAUUUUGUUCAAUAAUACAAGGCGUAAUGAUAGUUUUUGCAAAGUCACGUAGAAGUUUAUUAUCAUGAUAGGAAGAAGUAAAAUCCAAUCAAUAAUUAAAUACAAAAUUGGUACCUUCCUAAUCAACAGAAACUCUCUUAAACAAUGCAAAAGAAAUAAUCAAAAAUCAAUAAUAAUAGUAUGGAUGGAUAACAAACAGUUGAUUUGAGUUUUGAGAACAAUCUCAUUAAAGGUUAUUAAGAUCAUAGUGGGUUUUAGAGUGAUACAACUAAACCUUUAGAUGAUUAUAACCCUAGAGCUAUUAAGUUCUUAGAAAAGGGAAAAUAAUUAUUAAGAGAAAAGCAAAUUGAAGAGGCUAUUGAGUAUCAAAUUAAAUAAUAUUAGACAAUUAAAAAAAUGUAUAGAAUGUGAUAUCAGAAUAUUGGAAGGACAUUACUUUUUGGGUAUUGGUUAUCUUGGAUAAUAACUAUAUUAAAAAGCAAUUACAGAAUUUUAAUAUGUAAUUUAAUAGGAUGCUACACAUAGAAAGAAUAUUUAUUUAUUAUUAGCAAUUUCUCAUAAAAAACUUAACGAAUUGGAUUCAGCAAUUUCAAUUCUAAAUAAAGUCAUAUAAUUAUUUUCAAGAUAUUAUGAUGCCUUCAUUUAUAGAGGUAAAUUGUAUACAAAACUUAAUUAAAUUGAAAAAGCAGAAUCAGAUUUUAAUAUGGCUAUUCAACUUAGUCCUCAAAAAGGAUUAGGAUAUUUGGGAAAAGCUGAUUGUUUAAGAAUAUAAAAUUAAUAUAAGGAAGCUAUAUCAUAUUAUUAAAAAGCUAUAAAUUGUGAAUAAGCUGUUGGUAAUGCUGCUUUACUAAAAAAAGCUAUAACACUUUAUGAAAGUUAAUAAUAUGAUGAAUGUGCUAAAGAUUUAAGUAAACUAAUAGAAACUGACCCAAUUAAUUCUGAGGCUUAUUAUUUUAAAGGAUUAUGUAGACUAAAAACAAGUACUUUAAAUAUAAAUUCUAGAGAAUACAACUGAAGCCUUAUUAUGUUUCGAGUAAGCUAUAAAACAUAAUAAUUCUAAAAAAGCUGUUACUAAAUCUCUAUAUGAAAUUGCAAAGAUGAAAAUUGAAUAAAGAGAUUUUUAUGCUGCAUUUCAUACUUUAAAUAGAUCAGCACUUUUAGAUACUGAAAAAAGUUACUUAGAGAAAUUUCAAUUAUUUACUGAAGUAUUUUAUUAAAUAAAAUUAAUAAUAGGCUGUAAUACAUUUAAUGAAGAGAAAAUUUCAAGAGAGUUUAAACAAUUUUUAAGAAAUUUAAAAUCAUCAUUAAUUAAAUGAUUUUCUUAAACCUUUGUUUUAUGCUUAUAGAGCUUAUGGUUAAUUUUGUUUGUCUAAACAUUAAAAAGCUUUGGAAGAUUAUAAAUAUUUAUUAGAUAUUCAACCAGCAGAACCUAGUGUUCAUUAUAAUAGAUUUUUAUGUGAGGGAAUCUUAAAAAUUUAAGCUGGAUAAUUUAAUGCUGGAAUGGAAUUCUUUUAAAGAGCCUAAAAGAUAUUCUAAAAAAAAAUGGAACCUACUUUUUAUUAAGGUGUAACAUUAAUAAAUUAAUCAUUUAAAAAAAAAAGUGAUUAAUAUAAAGAUCUUAUAAAGGGAUUAGAAUUGUUAGAUAAGGCACAAAAUUUAAAUGAUUAAAAUGCUAAUUUAUAUUAUGUUAGAUCUAUAGUAAAAUGUUUUAUGGGAUAAAUUAAUGAAGCUUUGGGAGAUAUUGAAAGUGCUAUUCAAAAGUCUGAAGAUAAUGUUGCUAAAUAUUUUUAUUUUAGAGGAAUGGUAUAUGGAAUUCUAAAAGAAUAUUAACAUUCUAUAAAUGAUUUUAGUAUCUGUUUAACAUUAGAUGAAACUUUUGCUGAUGCAUAUUUAAAUAGAGCUAAAUGUCAUUUUUUAAGUGGAGAUUCAAAUUCUGCUUUUUAGGAUUUAUAAUAAUGUAUUCAUAUAUUAUAAGAUGAUCCAAGAAUGCAUGUUUGGGCUGGUAAUUUCUUAUUUGCAAAUUCUGCUAUAGAGGAUGCAAUUAAAGCAUAUUCUAAUAAUAAAGAUAUUAAAAAUAAUCCUAAAUUGUUACAAUUAAGAUCAGAAUGCUAUUUGAUUUUAAGUGAUUUGAGUCUUUGUUAAGAAGAUAUCAAUAGACUUUACAAAUUGAGUAAAGAUUAAACUGCUGAAUUUGAUAAAGAUAUUUUAUCAGCUUUGAGAUUAGUCUUUAAAGAUGAUUAAUAAAUUUAUUUUAAUGAAGAAAGUGAAACUGAGUAAAUUGAAUUUAAAACUAAUUUAAAUAAGGCUGUGAAUAAUUUAACUUAAUUAACUAGAGGAAAGGGGAGGUUAUUUUAAUAAUUCCACGUUUAUAUAUUUAGAGGAGUAUUUUUAUUUCAUUAAGAAAAAUAUGAAGAAGCUUUAAAGGAUUUUUAAAUGGCCAAAAGUUAAAAGGAACUUUCGAUAACUGAAAAAAGAUUAAGAUAAAGAGGAAGCUAAACAGAUUUAUUUAAUGAUGAUGAAUAGUUUGAACUUACAGAAGAUGAGGAGGAUGCUGACUUAUUAGAAAUCUUAGAGAUCAAAUUUAAUGAAUUAAUUUGCUUAGUUAUUUUAAAAUAAUUUAAAAAAGCUAAAGAGAAAUGUAAAUAAUUGAUUGAAAAUAUAAAUGAAGCUAAAUAGGAAGGUUUAUAAGUUCUCUUAAUGCAUAUUGAAUAAAUCUUAAUAAAGAAUUAACAUCCUAUUGAUUAUUAAAGAGUGAUUUGUUUGUAUGAUGAACCAAAAGAAAAUAUUAUUUGCUUCUAAGUUCCUAUCAUAUUUAUUGAUGGAUUAAAAAUUAGAUUAUCUUUUAGUUUGCCAAAAUUAUCUCCUCCAUCAUUAUCAAUUAUAUUUGAUAAAUAGUUAAUUUAAAAUAUUGGAGUAUUUCAUUAUAAUCAUAUAUUAGCCUUUGUCUGUUGAAAAUAAACCUGAAGCUCCAUGGAUCAGAAGGGAAUAAUAAGAUGAUAUGAUUAUAUUUACUGAUAAUGUUCAAUUAAUUGAUGAUAUAAGAUUGGAAACAGAAAUAGAAGAGGAUCAAUCAUAAUAAGUAUAAGCAUAAGUGUAAAUAGUAGAGAUUAAUCAAAUAAAAAAUAAUUUAAUGUUAGAUAAGGAUAUUGAAGAAAAAUUGUAACGAUUAUUUUAAAACAAACAAUAAAAAUGA